GAAGCGGUUAUAUGAAACACUGUCAUGGAUCCACGGUAACAGUGCAAUAGUUGUGCAAUUGCGUUAUCAAUAGAUGCUCGUUCUCUCUGCGCUGAACUUGAGCGCGUGCAACCUGAAGAUGCGUGUGAUCAGAGACAGAUCGCAUCUGCUCAUCGCUCAACUGUGGCUCAUCUGUCAAAUAGAUCUGGCCAUGCCGUACAUAAGGGGCCAGCACAAAUACACAGAGGACGUUGACUGGUCUUACACAGGGGCCCUGAACCAAAAGGACUGGACAAAGAAAUAUCCAGUCUGUGGCAAUGCCAAACAGUCACCCAUUGACAUCAAUGAGGACUUCACUCAGGUCCGGAUGCAGAACCAGAACCUAAAGCUGGAGAACUGGGACAAGCCCACCACAGAUUCCACAACCAUCAUGAAUGAUGGGAAAACAGUGGUAAUCAGUCUGAACGGUCUUUACUACAUAAGUGAAGGAGGGCUCCGAUCCAGGUUUAAAGUGGGCAGGAUCACGUUCCAUUGGGGCCAAUGUAAUGCCACUUCAGACGGCUCUGAACACAGUCUAAAUGGCAACAGGUUCCCCCUGGAGAUGCAGAUCUAUUGUUUUGAGGAAGAUGAGUUUGAAUCCAUAGAUGAGGCCAUAAGUCAUGGAGGAAAGAUUACUGCUUUAGCUGUUCUCAUUGAGGCCAGCAUUGAAGACAACCAGGACUAUGUGGCCAUUAUUGAAGGAGUCAACAGCGUGAGCCGAUUUGGUAAAAGUAGCCCGCUGGAACCGUUCUCUCUUCUGGGUCUGCUUCCAAAAUCCAGGGAAAAAUACUUCAUGUACAACGGCUCACUGACCGCACCGCCCUGCUCUGAGAAUGUGGAGUGGAUUGUGUUUAAAAACACAGUGGCCAUCUCAGAAACCCAGCUGGAGGUGUUCUGUGAGGUGAUGACCAUACAGCAAGCCGGCUAUGUGAUGUUGACCGAUUACCUGCAGAAUAACUACAGAGAACAGCAGCAGCGGUUCAUAGGACAAGUCUUUUCUUCAUACACGGGCACAGAAGAAGUCCCUGCUCCUAUGUGCAGCUCAGAACCGCAGAAUGUGCAGGCAGACUCUCAGAACUACACUGGCAUUGUGGUGACAUGGGAGAGGCCGAGGGUUGUCUUUGAAACCACCAUUGAGAGAUACUCUGUCACCUACCAAAGACUCCAGGGCAAAGACUCACCCAAACAACAGUACCUAACGGAUGGAGACCAGGAUGUGGGGGCCAUUAUCCACAAAUUACUGGCGAACAGUAGCUAUGUUGUCCAGGUGGUGGCGUUAUGCACCAAUGGCUUGACUGGGAAAAUGAGCGACCAAGUUAUAGUAGACAUGCCUCUUGAAGACCCUGCAAAUGAGCCUGAUCCUUUUGGUGAUUCAGCAGAAUCAGAGGAAUACAUUGAGGUGACAUCGGAACCUACAUUUCCUAAGAGCAAAGUAACAAAGACUCCAAAAUCUCCACCGGGUCGAACCUUCAUCCAUGGUUUCUCCUCCUCUGGGAGUUCCAUCUCUGUCACUACAGCGACGGACCAACCAGGCUUCCUGUUCCCUGUUGUCAAAACAACCACUGCUGCUGCUGUCAGACGAAAAAUUACAGAGGAGUCUUCUUUGUCAUGGUCACCUGACCAAAACAAGGCAGGAAAUGGUACCAAACGCCCACGUAACAUACUUAUUCCAGAGGAGGGUGACCACCUUCCUCACAGCAACAUGGUGGUCACAGAUAUUUACUAUGAGGAUGUUCUCAACACCAGAACCACAAAUGCCACACCAGCCCAAGAUCUUACCAAUCUCAGAACACUGCCAGGUGUUAAUGCACUGGACCAGGAGAAGACCACAACCAUAAACCCUGACCUUGAUCCUCAGAUUAAUGAGAAGACCACUGCUAAAAUCUCAGUAUCUUUAACUUCUGCACCAGAACGUCCAACAAAUUCCAGCACCUCCACACCAUCAGUAACUGAAAUUUCCAGAACUAAUGCAACCACAGGAUCACCUAUUUCUGUUUCAAUGAAGAUCAUUUCUCAAACCACUCAACCUCUGUUUAAUGCCACAUUACUCAAUAAUCAAAGAGUAUCGACGACUCGCGACGCCCCAAAACACUAUGUAUCCUCCACACGGUACCCAAUCAUCAUUUCAGAAGAGGGCUCUGCUCAUUUGGUCUCUUCAGAUGGGCAGGGAGAGCUCAGUGGAUCAGGGUCCGCUAUCUUUCUGGAGGAGCUAGACCGAGAAUGGGAGCUUGACCAAACUCGGUCAGCUCCCAAAGACACACUUGUAAGCGACAGUGGUAAAACUGAGGAAGAUAACAAUGAGGGAUUGUCCUCAACCUUCUACUUUGAGAGUGAGAAAGAGUCUACCACCACCAAACAACCAGAGAAACCAGCUUUCUUCUCAUGGGUGACUUGGUCUUCUGAGUUGGACACUGGCUCAGGAGGAGGGACAGUGACUCCUCAGAGCGAUGAUAUUCAUAUACUGCUCACAAUUCCUGACCUCACUCUCAGAGAGUCACAGGAAGACCAGAAUGCAGAGGCGAGUAACAGCAGCCCAGAGUCUCUUGUCGGGAUGGUUGGAGGGAUGGAAAGAGAGAAAAAGACAGUUGUUCCUGUGGCUGUGGUGUCCACACUAACCAUCCUGUGUUUGCUUGUGCUGGUGGGAAUUCUCAUCUACUGGAGGAGGUGCUUUCAAACAGCACAUUUUUACGUAGAGGACAACAUUUCCCCCCGAGCAAUUUUGGCUCCAACACCUCUUCUCCUAACGACAGAGGACAAUGAAGCUCUCCCCGUAAAGGAAUUUGUGAAACAUGUUGCUGAUCUCCACUCAAAUAACACAUUCUCCAAAGAAUUUGAGAUCUUGAAAGAGUCUUACGAGGAGAUUCAAGCCUGUACAACAGACAUCGGCAUCACAACUGACAGCUCCAACCAUCCAGACAAUAAAAGCAAAAACAGAUAUAUAAACAUCCUGGCUUAUGAUCACAGUCGAGUCAAACUCUUGCAAAACUCUGACACAGAUGGAAAGACUGGGGACUACAUUAAUGCCAACUACGUGGAUGGCUUCAAUCAUCCGAAAGCAUAUGUAGCUGCACAGGGUCCGCUGAAAGCCAGUCUGGAAGACUUCUGGAAGAUGAUAUGGGAACAGAAUGUUGGUGUAAUUGUCAUGAUCACCAACCUGGAGGAGAAGGGUCGGAGAAAAUGUGAUCAAUAUUGGCCUCUGGAGAAUCAGGAAGACUAUGGAUGCUUUAAUGUCACUUUGAAGAGCACUAAAACUCUUGCCUACUACACCCAGAGAACAUUCACAUUGAGGAACAUUUGCAUUAAGAAGGGUCGCAGUCAGGAGAAGAAAGUGCUUCAGUUUCAUUACACUCAAUGGCCUGAUAUGGGCGUCCCAGAACACACACUUCCUGUGCUCUCGUUCGUGCGGGCUUCUUCACAGGCCAGGACUGCUGAAAUGGGGCCUGUGGUCGUACACUGCAGUGCUGGUGUAGGAAGAACAGGCACCUAUAUUGUGAUUGACAGCAUGUUGAAACAGAUAAAGGAAGAAGGUACCGUGAACAUCACGGGGUUCCUCAAACACAUUCGUACUCAGAGGAACUACUUGGUACAGACAGAGGAGCAGUAUGUCUUCAUCCACGAUGCUUUAGUGGAGGCAAUCAGGAGUAAAGAGACACUGGUAUCAUCAGGUCACAUUCACACCUAUGUAUCAGAUCUGCUCACACCUGGACCGACAGGCAUAACCAGCCUGGACAAACAGUUUAAACUGGUGAGUCAGAGUUGUGCAAAACAAAGUGAUUACACUGUCGCUUUAAAGGAGCUCAACUCCUCAAAGAACAGAAAGUCUUGUCUUAUGGCUGUUGAGAGGUCAAAGGUCAGUCUUUCCACAGGGUCUGGUGAAUCAUCAGACUACAUUAAUGCCUCUUAUAUAAUGGGUUACCAUCAGAGCCGUGAGUUCAUCAUUACUCAGAAUCCUCUGCCGAACACCAUACAGGACUUCUGGAGAAUGAUCUGGGAUCAUAGCGCACAGAUCAUUGUUUCACUGCCAGACACACUGAGCCUGUCCAGAGAUGGAGAGUGUGUGUAUUGGCCAAAGAAAGACCAGCCAAUCAGCUAUGAGACCUUUACUGUGACCUUCAAGGGGGAGGACCGAGUAUGCCUGUCCAAUGAGGAGUCGCUGAUGGUACAAGACUUUAUUCUGGAAGCCUUAAAGGAUGACUAUGUUCUGGAAGUUCGGCAGUAUCAGACCCCUCGCUGGCCAAACCCUGACAGCCCCAUCGGCAAAAGCGUUGAGCUCAUCAACGUUAUCAGAGAAGAAAGCAUGCGUCGAGAGGGACCAGUCAUCAUCCAUGAUGGGUCUGGAGGAGCGAGUGCAGGUAUCCUUUGUGCUCUGACCACACUGGUUAAUCAGCUGGAGGAGGAAAACUGUGUGGAUGUCUAUCAGACAGCAAGAAUGAUAAACCUCAUGAGGCCUGGAGUCUUCAAUGAUAUUGAACAGUAUCAGUUCCUUUACAAAGCGAUUCUGAGCUUGGUAAGUACCAAGGAGGAUGAGAAAGCUCUUCGCGAAUUGGAAAGCAAUGGCACCGUUCCGGCCAACGCCUCGGAAAGCUUGGAGUCCCUCAUGUAGCUACACAGCAACA